AUGGCAUCCACUGAAUUAGGUUUGAAGAGAACUUUGACCGAUAUCCUUGAGGAUGAGUUAUACCAUUUAAAUAACAAAAAUAGUGGUGUAUAUUCUUCUCAUUAUCAAUAUCCUGUCUCUAAUAAAGCUUAUAUGGCAAAUUUAAAUCAAACAACCUCAAAUAACAAUAACCAUUUAGAUGAAACACUUAUUACUAUUGAACCAGAAAAGUUAAGUUAUAUAUCAGAGAGUGGGAAUUAUGUGACUGCUAGUAAUCUAACAUUACCUUUGAACACUAACAACAAGAAAGAAACUGAUAUUAACAUAUUUCCUUAUCAAAACCAUCAACAACAAUACGAUUAUAAGAUGUUUAACAAAUAUGCUGAUCCAUCUUUAACUACUACUAGUACUACUUCAAGAGCUAAUAGUAAUAGAAUACCCACUCAACUAAAUACCCCCGUAGUGGCUACUAUUAACAUGAAAAAACUUUUGAAAACACAAUCUCCACAUUCUACAACUACCAAUUUUGUUUCUAAUCAAAUAAAUGCUAAAAAUAAUGUAUCAUCUACAACUUCUAGAGAUAAUCUAGAAGUUAAAAUCUUAAACGAUUCCAUUCAAACUCAAGAGAUAAAUGAUUCGUAUUUGUACUUCGAUGAUGAAUCAUUUGUUCCAAAAGUGCAUUAUACUUUGGAAGAUAACAAUAUUGCAAUGAAUAAUGAAGAUGCAAAAAUUAUAUUCGAUGAUGAAUUUUCUGACGAUGAUGAUUUUGAUGAUGAUUCUAAGGAAUAUGAUAUUGAUGAUGAUGAAGUCAUUAGUUCAUUAGAUAUCGAAAAAUCGAAGAACGUUAUGAUUAAGACUAAUAAUUUAUACAGUUUUGUUGAUACACACCAACAAACAGCUCCAAAAUUAACUACCGAAGAUAAUGAAAUACAUUUACAUAAUAAUAACAGUGCAAUUCUAGAUGGAGAAGAUCUAGAUGAUGAUAAUACUUUGUUAGAUGAAGAUGAAAUGUAUCAAAUAAAUUCCAUGGGUAAGAUUGUUGUUUCUGCAGAUGAAAUCAAAGAAUUGAACAGAUCAAAAUCUUUGUCCUUGAGUACUAGACCAAAUAUAUGGGGUAGCUCCACAAUGGGGCAAUCUAAUAAAUCACGGAAACCAUUGACACAUAUCAAUGGUAAUACUUUUAACAGCUCUACAUCGUCGCUAUCCUCCACUUCGAUAACCAAGGCAAAUUCUUUAUUGUCGUCAUCAUCCUCAUCAAUACCAUCUUCAUUAUCAGCUUCUGUGGUUGUCAACAAAGAACACUCAAAGAAACACAAAACAUACCUUGGUAGUGAUCUGUCUGGUACAAAUACUAAUGAAAUAUUUACAUGUCGGUUAGUUAAUUUAAUUACCAAAGAGCCUUGCUCAGCACAAUUUUCAAGAUCAUAUGAUUUAACCAGACAUCAAAACACCAUUCAUGCUAAGAAAAAGAUUGUUUUCCGUUGUUCUGAAUGUAUGAAGAUGUUAGGUAAUGAAGGUUAUGAAAAGACUUUCUCUAGAUUGGAUGCCUUGACUAGACACAUAAAGUCUAAGCACGAAAAUCUAACCUCUGAAGAACGUCAACGUGUAACCAAAUAUGCCAAAGAAAAUAUUGGUUACGCAAUUGCAUAA